AGUACUCUGUCAUAAGAAUUUCCCUGUUGAUUGGGCAGUUAGCCUAAAACACUUCCUGUAAUCGUGUAUAGUUACUAUACAUUUUAAUUAGUCAAAACAGGUGUUAUGUUAGGUCUCCUUGUGAUAGAUAGCUUUUUGAUGUUAUGUGCAAACUGGUGUCAGCAAGUGACCAUGAUUCAGUGACCUGUUUGUCCUGGUUUAGGUGUAGUGGUGCUAUUUUUCUCUUGUGCAGAAUGAAUUCCAUGGGUACUUGAGUAAUCUUAAGCAAGAUUCUAAGCGUGUGUGACUAAAUCAUGAUGAAGUGUUAGUGAAGAAUACCGGGGAAGUAGGUAGCUUCCUUUUGCUUAAAAAAAAAAAAAGAAAAAAGCAAAAGGAAGCUAUCUGAAAUUGGAACAAGAAUCAGCAUCCUUUGCCUUCCAGGAGUACGUUCAUGCUUUACAUGCUUGCUCUAUGUGGCCUGGUCUGAUGGAAAGUUCUGAAUGAUCUUGUACUGUUAUGGAUGCUUUGUGAAAAUAAAUAGCUGUUAAUAAUGAUUUCAGCACAUCAGCUGCCAAUGUGGUAAAACCAGAGAAUGUGUAUUUAGAUACCACUGAGAUUUCACGAAUGGCACCCUGCAAAGGCUGGAUAAGUAAUAUAAGGUGAUUGAAUCUGCUGUUGUGUUUUAAACAGGUUUGUUUUGAUAUGGUAAUGAAUUUAUUUAGAGAGGAAACUGCUUUGUUUGCCUAAAGAUUGAUUGCAUUCCCUUUAUGCUGGAUGUGUGCGUUAACUAAGUGUAUGUACAAAUCCAGGUAAAGGGAAAUACUUCUCCAAAAUCAACAUUUUGGAAGUAGACAGAUAUGGUGUUUCUUCUUCUGUUGCAUUGAAUGUCAAAGCUGCUUUAACUCUGUGCAGACUGGACUCAAUGUAAGUACAAGACCUGCUGAGAUGUGCUCACAGCUUUGCUAAGUACCAGAUUGUCACGGUGCAGCGUCCCAGAAACUGAAGGUGGAUGGUGAACAACUGGGGCUUGAAAUGGACUGCACAACAGCUUCAGGUAUGGGAUAAGAUCUAACUGGAGUAGUAAGCAUGGUGCGAGAAUGGAAAUGCAUAUUGUGUCACCUUGUAUACAGCUCAAAAAAGGAGAUGGAAGAACACAUGAGGAGCAUGCUUCAUCACAGAGAACUUGAAAACCUGAAAGGAAGGGACAGCAACCACCAGUGCCAGGUAUGCAGGGUGACGCUGGUGGGCUUGUCAGCAUAUGCCAAGCACAUCUCCAGCCAGCUACACAAAGACAAUGUUGAUGCCCAUGAUAAAGCGGAAGAGAAAGAGGAGGCAGAAGAAGAAUACCUUGACAAAGAACUCAUUCAACUAAUCAAACAAAGGAAGGAACAGAACCGGCAAGCUGAACCAUGCUGUACAAACCAAGAAACAGAAUGUGAUGAUAGGAGGUCACAGAGGAGGCGAGAAGAGAGAGCUACAUACAAAGAAAGAGAAGCUUAUGAUCAGUCAUCGUGGCAUCAUCACAGUGCAUCACAAAGGGACUGGAAAUGGGAAAGGGAUGAUUAUAUUAAUUCUAGACAGGGCCAAUUUUCACACUCCCAGAGGAACGUUAAUAUAAGUAGGCAUCCAGGUGGCCCAAGGGGACGCUCUGGGUGGCACCAAAAUGCUUCAGGAAGCUCUUCAAGUUGGCAUAACUAUGGGAAUUCUGGAAUUGUUUGGCAUCCAAAUGGGCAAGGAGGAGGAACAUCAAAUUGGCAUCACAGUGCCAGAGGGAGAAAUUCUACUUGGCACACAGAAGGAACUGGUAAUUUUUCUAGCUGGAAAUGUAGAAGUUAUGGAGGAAACUGGCAGUCUAGUUCUCAUGGCGCAAACAGCUGGAAUUUUGGAAGCUCUGGAGAUACAUAUUUAUUAGAGCCACCUAAAUAUAAUAAGGAAAGAUAUACGUGGCAGUGGCAGGAGAAAGACGUGACUGAUGUUCUUCCAUACAGAGAUCGAAACAAUAGGAGUGACUCACUUGGUUUUACUAGUGAUAAACUUACUUCUGAGGGGGCAUUGGAUUUUGGUACUUCCAGGCAACCAGAAAGCAAAGCUCCAAGAAACAGUGGAAAAAGUGGGAGCCCUUCAAGAGAUAAAAUACAUCGCUGGACUCCCUACCCAUCCCAAAAAUCUACAGAGCAGCAAUCGUGGUUUGAAGAUGUUUCUAAAGCUACAGAGAAAAUGGAUUCUAUAUUUUUGCCUCUUACUGAAUCAUCAGUAAAAGGAAAAACUUGUGAAGCCGCUGCUAGCAUCCCAAAAGUUAAAAAAUGGGAAGUAUCUUCCCGUUCUAAUGUAACACUAGAUUACCCUGGUUCCAGUGAUGAAAAGCCUGACAAAGAUGAUGGCAGAAGUAGUAGGAUGCCAUCACUGAAAUCCCCUCUUCUAAAUAUCAUGGACGUUAAGUUGUCUUCCCAGAAGCUGGAUACAAAAAGUCUGUUCAAAAAUGUCAAGUCUCUGUUAUUCUCACCUAGUAUCAAAGAACAGAACCAUUUGAAAGCACUGAAUCUGGAAGCUAACAAUUUACCUUCUUUGUCGUCAGAGCAACAUGAUGCAUCUGCUGGCGACUUACAAGGCAACAGCAAAGACACACUUAGCAGUGAUCUUGGUGAGCCUGUUGAUAAUUUAGGUGAAGCAGAACAAAAACGCAAAGAUGUUCAGUCUAACCAUUCCUUACAAAAUGCUCCCUUAAACUCUUGCAUGAAUACAAGUGACCAGAAUAUGGGAGAAACGGGGAAAGCAUCACCAAAGAACGAGUUCAGGCGACAUUCAUUAGAAGAUGUGAGUGACGAUGAGUUAACAGGAAGAGAGAAAGUAGAAGAAAAACCGAGUCCUUCUGUUAGUUCUUGUUUACUCUGCGACCCUCCAGAAGGUCAACUUGCUGCCUCUGAAAAGGAUGUUGAUGAAAAGCCAUCUGCUUCAAGCACUGCAUCUGCUGAUCUGAAAGAUUCUGCAUUUCAGAUGGAAUCCACAGAUUCUCCAUCAAACAGACAGGAGCUCUUGCACGUGGGUUUGAAAACCUCCUCACAGGAAGGAGAAGUGAAUGAAGAGCAUGUCAAGUCAGGUGGUCGCUUUGAAGUGGAAGGUUUUGAAAAUCAUUCAGAUCAUGAGCUGCAGAAAGGAGGAAGUCAAUCACUAGGCCUCCUUCCUGAUUUAAGUAAACUUGGCCUCCCGGCCUCUCUGCAAAGAGACCUGACACGGCAUAUUAGUUUGAAGAGCAAAGUGGGAAUACACCUUCCGGAGCCCAAUCUCAAUAACGCACGGCGCAUUCGGAAUGUCAGUGGUCAUCGGAGAAGUGAAACUGAGAAAGAGUCGGGGCUUAAACCCACCCUCAGGCAGAUUCUUAGUGCUUCCCGGCGAAACGUGAACUGGGAUCAAGUCAUCCAGCAGGUAUCAAAGAAGAAACAGGAACUUGGCAAAGGUUUACCAAGGUUUGGUAUAGAAAUGGUGCCUCUUAUUCAAAAUGAUCAAGAGUCUCUAGAACUUGUUGAAGAAUCUGAUUUGUCUACUCUGGAAGGAUUCCAGUGGGAAGGGAUUUCCUUAGCAGCGCCUGGGUCAGCCAGAAAACGUAGCUUUUCUGAAAGCAGCGUCAUUGCAGACAGACACCCUUCUGCUUACAGCUUUUUUAGUGAACAACCCAAAGCAAAAGAAUGUGAGGAAAGGCAAGUAGUUGCAGCCAGACGCUUACAUGAUAUAACAUCUGGAUAUGAGGCAAGUGUUGACAUACGAGCUGACUUGAAACAGGAGACCUCUUCUCUUUCUUUGUCACCGUUUGAAUCUGAAAGAACUGAGACCACUGGAAGGAAACACAGCCUACAGGCUACUUCUGAGCUCACUGGCCUCAUAAAAGCAGAGCAAGACAGUCCAGAUAAGAGAGCACCUCUUCUUAAAAAACCGAAUGUGUUAGAAGUAUCAGAAGAAAAUCCUCUGGCUUCAAGUGAUGUACUUCUUGCAGUGUCUAACAACAUAGAUGCAGCUACAGACAGCAGCUACACUUCUGGUACUGAGCAAAAUGACAGCCAAGGAGUUGGCAAGAAACGAAGAGCGACGGGAGAAGGAUCCUCUCCUGAAAUCCCCAGUCUGGAAAGAAAGAAUAAAAGAAGAAAAAUCAAAGGUAAAAAAGAACGUUCUCAAGUAGACCAAUUGUUGGCUAUUUCACUGAGAGAAGAAGAAUUGAGCAAGUCCUUGCAUAGUGUGGACAAUAGUCUCUUGCAAGCUAGAGCCGCCCUGCAGGCUGCAUAUGUUGAAGUUCAGCGGUUCUUGGUGUUAAAGCAACAGAUAACCAUGGAAAUGAGUGCUCUGAGAAGCCAAAGAAUCCAGGUCUUGCAAGGGCUACAAGAGUCGUAUGGACCUUCAGAACUGUCAGAGCAACUCCCAGUUAGUGUCUCAACUGAGAGAAGAAACAGCAAAUCUCUGGUGUCAGCUGAUUUGCUUCCUACAGGCUCUUUCUUGCCCCUUUUGGACACUUUGUCUCCUGUACCUUCACUGGGACCUUCUGUUCACGUAAACACAUUAACACCAUUCCAUUCUGGCAUCACGUUCACCACUCCUCCAGAUUCCUCAGUACAAAUUAAACGAGAACCUGUGUCUCCGGAAGCCUCAGAAGAAAAUGUGAAUACUGUACUCCAGAGCUCUCUUUGUGCUUCACGAACAGAAGUGGUAGCACAGAAAGAAGAAGAGAUCAUCCAAAAAACAUCAUUGUAUCCAGUUAUUUCUGCAACCAUAUCCCUGUCAGAACUGACAGCUUGUUUCCAGCGUGCUAAUCAAGAAGUUCACAAGCCUGCUGUGGAUAGGGGAAAGGCUGGACUUUCAGAGAAUCCUUCUCCUUCACUGUCUACUUUGAGCAAAAGAGAAGCAAAUGGUACAGUGACUGAAAGCUUUUUACUGGAUCAGUGUAGCACCUUGCUUCCAAAUCACUCGGUUCUUCUAGAAAUGCCAACGGAUAAAACUCCCAAAUUGUCAGCAGAACCUUCGGAACAACAGGCAUCAAACACUGUAGUCCCAGUAGAAAAGGGGAACAAAAGGAGGAGGAAGUUAAGGAAAAAGAAAAUGCUGAGGGCAGCUCAUGUGCCAGAAAAUAGUGAUACAGAACAGGAUAUAAUUGACUGUAAGCCUACCCGGAAGGUCAAGAGUGGAAAAGUUCCUAAAGGAGAAAAAGUUACAACAUCCACUCCUCAAAAUCAAGGAGAUGGAGUUGGUAUUCAAGCAGCUAGAAACAAGGAUGAGAAUGAUAGUGAUGCUUCUCUGGAACUAGUUGAAGUCGCAACGCCCCAGUGUGAAGUGGUUGACAUUGGUUCAUCAGAGUCAGGAGAUGAGAAACCAGACAGCCCAUCAAAGAGGGAGUCGUGCAGUGCUGUGGACCAAGCAGUCUUAGAGGCAUCUUGCUCAGGUUAUGAUGAAGUGAGCUCUACCAGUGAGAUUGGCACAAGUUAUGGGGAUGAUAUGAAAAGAAGUGUGGCUGAGGCGCAGGCUUCUACAUCAUCACUAAGAGGAUCGAAGAACUCAUCAGAAGUGUCUUCAGAGCCAGGUGAGGAUGAAGAACCUACAGAGGGGAGCUUUGAAGGACACCUGGCUGCAGUGAAUGCUAUUCAGAUUUUUGGGAAUUUAUUGUACACCUGCUCAGCAGACAAAACUGUUUGUGCCUACAAUCUGGUUAGUAGGAAGCGUGUGGCUGUCUUUGAAGGACAUACUUCAAAAGUGAACUGCCUCCUUGUCACUCAGACAAAUGGGAAGAAUGCUGCGCUUUACACUGGCUCAAGUGAUCAUACCAUCAACUGUUACAAUAUCAAGACCAAAGAAUGCAUGGAACAGUUUAAACUGGAAGAUCGAGUGCUCUGUUUACACAGCAGAUGGCGGAUCCUUUAUGCAGGCCUUGCAAAUGGCAGCGUUGUUACAUUCAGUGUAAAGAACAACAAGCAAGUUGAUAUCUUUGAAUGUCACAGUCCUAGAGCAGUGAGCUGCUUGGCCACAGCUCAGGAAGGAGCGCGAAAGCUGUUAGUAGUGGGUUCCUAUGACUGCACCAUCAGUGUACGUGAUGCACGGAACGGGUUGCUUCUCAGGACUCUUGAAGGUCACAGCAAAACUAUACUCUGCAUGAAGGUUGUGAAUGAUCUGGUGUUCAGUGGUUCCAGUGACCAGUCUGUCCAUGCCCACAACAUUCAUACUGGAGAACUGGUACGGAUCUAUAAAGGCCAUAACCAUGCAGUAACGGUUGUGAACAUUCUGGGGAAAGUGAUGGUAACAGCAUGCCUCGAUAAAUUUGUCCGUGUUUAUGAACUACAGUCACACGACCGCUUGCAAGUUUAUGGAGGCCAUUCGGAUAUGAUCAUGUGUAUGACCAUCCAUAAGAGCAUGAUCUACACCGGAUGUUAUGAUGGCAGUGUCAGAGCUGUGAGGCUUAAUCUUAUGCAGAAUUAUCGUUGCUGGUGGCAUGGAUGUUCGCUAAUCUUUGGAGUUGUUGACCACCUGAAACAACACUUGCUAACUGACCACACCAACCCAAAUUUUCAGACCUUAAAAUGUCGUUGGAAGAACUGUGAUGCUUUCUUUACUUCCAGAAAAGGUUCCAAGCAGGAUGCUGUGGGACACAUUGAAAGACACGCUGAGGAUGACAGCAGGGUUGACUCAUGAAACUUUUCACCUCCCACAUUGGGAAGUAAUUUAAUGUCAGGAUUAUUCCGAAUAACAUCAGUUUCUUACUCCAGCCUUUUCUCUUGCUUUUACUACUUGGAAUGCAAAAAGGAAGUGGGGCUGAAAAGCCUUGCUACAGAACUGCAGCUUAUGUUGCGUUCUGUAACCGUAAGGCUGGUCGUUUAAGAAGCAGCCCAAAUGUAAGAUUCUUGCAAGUUUUCAAUUCAUUGACAAAUAGGAAUAUUUCCGUCCUCUUGUCUACGUUGUUUUAUGAAGAAGUACGUUCUUGAGAAUCUUUGGGAAGUGCAGAGGGGUGUUGAGAAGCUGGAUGAUGAUGGGUGCUGGUGUUUCACGCUCAGCGUGAAACCUGUUAAGUGUCUACCUAAAAUAUGCCUGUUUUUGUUAUAUCUGUUUUCGCUGAUAUUAAUAAAAGCCUGCGAACCUGAACAUCAAAAAAAAAAUCUGACAAGAAAAUCUGUAACUUGAGUAUCCAGUGUACAUACUGGCUUUCAUCAUAAAAAGAAACGGUAUUUUAUGGAGAACUGGAACGAUUUUUUUAACGUUAACUGUAAUUUAUAUUUUAAUCUUUGUCUAAAAAUUUCUAUAAUUGAGAUAAUAUAUGCGGUGACAGACUACCCUAAAUAUUACACCUCCUGAGGUAUUCUGGUGUCUUUCUUUGGAGGAAAGCAGUCUUUUGGCUGGUAUGCGAGCAGCAGUGGAACAAUUCUGCUCUCAUACCUUUCAAUCUUAGUCUCUUAUAGGUCCAAAUGUGCAGGAAGGGAGGAACCAGUAUCAGCUUUUGUUUCUCAGUGUAACCACUACUGUUGUGAUACAGUACCAGAGUUGGAUUGCUUAUUUGAUUUGGAAUUCUGUAAUGCUGAAUCUUUAUUACAAAGCAAACAAAUAGGAGUUCAAAGCCACUAUAUAUUCAAAUUCUUCUUCGUUAGUGUUAUUUUGUUUCUGUUGUGAACUGGCUUAAUUUGCUCAGGCUGUGUGAAGAUCACUAAAAGUCAAUAGGAUUCUAUUAUAUUUGUCUAAAAUUCUCAAGCAGAAGCUGGGGAUACAAAAUGCAUGUUUCAUGGGGAAAAAAAAACCACAAACAAUCUUGUUUCCAUAGUGGACACAGGGAAGCCAGUGUGAAGUGGAAGACUGUUUCUACUUGUACAGGUCCCUCUGCUGCUGUCUCUUGGGGUUGCAGACUUGACCUCAUUUUUCUGUUGUGUUCAGUGAACUUGAACUUUUGCACUCAUGAUGCUCUUUUAAAUAACAAGUUGAAUCUGGCAAGGAACUCUCUUAAACAAUGGAACUAAUCUGUCAAGGACCUUUUCAUGCUUGACUAGCUUCCUGCUUAAUUAAAAAUAAGCAGUUGUUUCCUUAAACUGUAACAGAAGAUAAAGAUAUUCCAGUGUCAAAACUGAGUCAAUUAUAAACAUAUCCAGUGCUUUUCGAGACUUCAUAUGUUAUCCAUAGACCAAACGUAACUUAUAGCCUCAUUCUUUGACUGCAACAAAGUCUUUAUAGGCAAGGACUGUGAAUGAAGGAGGCCCGUGGAUGUUCAGCUCUGCCAUCCAGUCGAGAAACUUCAGGGCCUUCUCUGAAGCGCACAGUUUUUAUCCUGUGUUAGUGCACAAGCAUAAUUCCUCUGUAUUUGCUUGAUAUUGAUGGUUUUUUCUUGAGGAAGACAGGAGUAAAACUGGAACGAUGUAGGGUAGAAUCCUACUUCAAAUGUAGGAAUUCUUGAGGUUCCAAUGCUCUUGUAGUUUUUUGGGUGAUUUUUUUUUUUUUUUUGGAGGUUUUUUUUUUUGUUGCUGUUGUUUGUUUUUAUUAUUUUCAUUAAGAUGUUUGUAGAUGGGAGAAAUAAAAGCAAUAUGUGACUUAGACUCAAGGCAGCUUUGAGAGUUUUAUGUGUUUUGGGGGGAUGGGUUGUUUUCUGCUUUAUUGCACUGGAAUCUCCAAGUGUAUUUGUUUGAGGUUUGGUGGUUGUUUUUUUUAUAAGUAGAAGGCUUCGUAUGACUUAAAUCAUUUCCACCGUUAUUGAUAUUAAAGAGUUUUGCAUUUUUUAAACCACAGUGAGAGAAAUAUAAAAGUGUGGAAGGAAACAAUGUUUUGACUAUUUGAGCUAUUCUUCAUAGGUUGUGAUUGGAGUGAUGGCAGGGAGCUCUGUGUUCUGAGGACAAGUAUGUGGAGUGGUUCUAUCACUAAACAUCAUGUGUGAGAGUAGAUUUUUGAUACUUAGUGAUUCUUUUUCUCUCAGCUGAUGACUUUGAUUUCAGGAACGUGCAGAGAUCUUUCUCACUGGAUGUUACAACAAAGACAGUUACUACACUUUAUUUGCAUUCCUAGGUAGUUAUUAUGUUGAUCUUUUCUAGUUGGUGUAAAAGGAGAUUUCCUUUUCUUGUAGUUGGUGAUAUUUCCUUCUCUGUCCUUAAAAAUGGUCUAAUCCAAAAUUAUGGACUUGGGAAGUCCAGCUUUAGCAGUGGUGUCUUUUGCUGCUUCAUUGGUUGCUUCAGAUCCAUUCUCAGAAUCGUAAAAUGGGUAAGGGACAGGAAAGUAGCAGAACUGCAUGAGUGCUUAUCAAUUUUGCUUUGUUUGUGUUAAAAAAGGUAUAUAUAUUGCUCAAGGGCUCAGAGGGAAUAUCGUGCUGCUUUGUCAUGAGUUUGUCUCAGCAGGAUUUGCUUUGAAGUUGUCAUGCAGGUAUGAAAUUCCACAGAUUUCUUCGUUCUUCUGGGGGGAAUGCAGCUUCCAUUAAUGGCUGUUUGCUUCCUCCACGUGUGGUUGCAGAAGAGCAAUGGUAAAUUGGUGUGUUAGAUUGGCAGCCAUUGAUGAGAUCCACUCCAGGUUUGCAACUGAGGGUUCUGACUUGUGAUAUAGCUCUGGUCAGAGAGUGCAGUAGUCUCAGCAAGGGGAAUAUUUGUGAAACAUGAGCGGGGUAAUUUUUGCAUGAAAAGCAGCGUUCCACAUCUGAAGCCUGUGUUCAGGACUGUUUUUGUUUUGAGUUUGGUUUUUAUGCAGCUGAAGAGUUGUGGGUGUGGAAGAGUGAGUAGAGUGAGAGUUGAUUUUUACGGUUAGCUGUUUUAUUUCAUUAGUUAAAUGUUAGAUCGUGAGCUCUGGACUUGCUGAAUGCUGAUUGAAUACGGCAGUUCCUUUUGGGGUAUAAGCCACCGUUCUCUUCUGAGCAGUAUUGAUGCUGCUUAUUCAGCUGUGAGUCCUUAAUGUGCAUGAAGUGAAGAGCUGUUGUAUUUUGUGAUAUGGAGAAUGGGAGAGGCUUUACUGAAACCAGUUAUGUACCAUUCUCUUCAGGAGUGGGAGAACACGUUGUGGUGCGCUUAUAUUAAGCCCUACCCGAGCUCAAAAAGAGGAGUGUGAGUAGCAUAAAAUAAUCACUCUAAAGUUCAAAUGUGCCACAAAGCUUAACUUUAUCUGACAUCCUCACAUGUUGAAUCAAAAAACAACGCAAAGACUGGUCUGUAUUAUUUGCUCCAUUUUCCUUCAAAUCAUAGGAAAAGUAACAGCUAACUGACAGCGUGGUGCUGCGUGGCCUAUUGCUGUUGCUUCCCUGUCUGGAAAGGGCCAGAGGGAAAACUUGCAUCUGUUGGUAUGAGGAUGCAUUACAUACCCCAGCUUCUGUUUGCCUUAAGGUGUGUGGGUUGUGGACCUUCCAAGUGGUUCAGCUCUGUGCUGUGCUGAAGUAGCACAGGUCUCACCUCGCACUUACAAACCAUGCAGUUAUGCUAAAUCUUGGUAAACAAUGACUGAAAGCUCACAAUAAACUCUAGGUUCCCAGAAACAAAAACAUGGUGCUGGAAAGAUUUUUUUUCCUUCUUUUAAAUUAAAAUGUAGGUACAGAUAAAAUCUUGGUUUUCAGGCCUUUAAUGUACUGUCAUUCAAACAUAGUCUUAAGUCGUCCAGAAUUGCAGAACAUAUGAAGAAGGAUAAGGAAACAGUCUCGAGUGCUAAUUGCAAAAUAUUUAAUGGUGGAAGUAAAGAGCAAACUAUGUAGGUAUAUAUUCUGUCAUAUGCACCUGCCAGCUCCUCCAGUUUCAUUUUGCUGCAAAUAUGAAAAAUAAAACAACAUGGUUGAGAAUUGAAUGACUUAAGCUAUGUAGAACAUUUGCACAGAUUGACCUUGCUUUUCCUCUUUCAUUUUGGUACGAAGCUGAGUGUAACAAUGAUGAAACUUUACACAGACAAAAAAACUGAAAAGAAAAAUAAAAGUUCUUUAUAUUGUU